AUGCAGCAGCAAGGAGUGGAUUCGGAGCCAGGGGUCCCGAGCCAAGCAGAAGCCAUGGAGGGAACAGGCGACCUGCAGCCUGAAGUGGAUUCGAAGCCAGGGGUCCUAGAACAAGCAGAAGCCAUGGAGGGAACAGGCGACCAGAAAGCCAUGCAGCCCAAAGUGGAUUCGAAGCCAGGGGUCCGAGAACAAGCAGAAGCCAUGGAGGGAACAGGCGACCAGGAAGCCAUGCAGCCCAAAGUGGAUUUGAAGCCAGGGGUCCCAGAACAAGCAGAAGCCAUGGAGGGAACAGGCGACCAGGAAGCCCAGCAGCAAGGAGCCCAGUUGGCCAUCGUUCAGGCUGGCAAGGAGGGCACGAAGACACAGCAGAGGACGGAUGCCGUGUUCAAGGCAUUGGAGCAACCCAACAAGUUCGACUUGAAGGAAGCUACGCUGACCAGGAAGGAAGGCGAAUCUCAAGAGGAUUGGAUGGCGAGGGUGGCCCACAAUGUCUUCAUGAAGUUUCACAGGGCCAGCAUGGCACAUGGCCUCGAGAUUGCCGUGCCGGCUGGUUCGGAUACCAGCUCCAGUGGGAUUACACGCCGGCCAUCCUCGAUGGCCUUGCCAGUGGCUCUUGGCGAUCAGGAGGCAGGCUCGGCUUUGACGUCCAUCCAGGAUCCCAUGGACAAGAAAAAGAAGACGGCCCUCCUGAACCAAGCCAAGAACAAGAUUGCCCUGGCUUCCACGAAGCUAGACGAGGCGACGGUUCUGCAGGAGGAGAUUUCCGCGAGCGAGAAUAUGUCACAGCCCAUCCGCGACGGCUUCCUCAAGGAUCUGCAGAAUCACGGCCAAAGCCUUGGGCAAGCCAGGGACAAGCUGAGCGCUGAGCUGGACAAGGGCUCGGGUCAGCUGCUUCAGGAGCUCUUAGAUGAUCUCAAUCAAAAGAUUACCAAUUAUGUGCAAUCCACGAAUGGGAUGAAGAAGCUGUCGGCCACCAGGCUAGCAGCACUUUGUCGUCGAGCAUACCUUGGGGUCAGAUUGGUCUUGGAAACCAAAACCUUUAAAUUAAACUGA